AUGCGCCUUUUCCUAGUUCCGAUCUCGACAAAACGAAUCCUCAUAUAUGCUCGACCCCUUAGCAGGGAUUUAUCGAAAGAGGUUUCAAUCCUCGAUAGGAUCACAACAAAGGCAGCUGAAACAUGGGCGCAGUGGGAGGAAGCUGACAAAGGAUGGAAGAUGCACCUUGUUCGCUGGGGUAAUAGUGUCCAGCAACGGAUACCAUACGAAGAAUGGGCCCUCAAAAGCAUUCCUUCACUCAAAGCCCAGCAGAAAAUCAAUGGAGAUCAUGGAAAGACCAAGAUUGAUGUGCUGUUCCCCGGUAACGCGGUGCGGUUGGACCGAAUUCAGGAUGUGCUGCGCAAGAUCGCCACAGAGAGACAAGAACUUCACCGGAAGAAGAUGAUGUGGAGCUUGAUUGUUGCGCCGAUUACAGCACCCCUUGGGUUGAUACCAGUGGUUCCGAAUAUUCCGUUUUUCUACCUGGCAUACCGGGGUUGGUCCCACUGGCGUGCAUUGAAUGGCUCAAAACAUCUCGAACUUCUCGUUGAAAGGAACAUCCUCAACCCCAUCUCAUUACCGGAGCUAGAACAGCUAUAUGCCAAACGCGCAUCUGGAACACUCGAAGGCACCACGACCGACACACCAUAUUCCGAGGUUGCCGAUGACAUAGAACAGAGUGAGGAUCGGGUCCUGUUGAAGAUGUCGGAUGCCAAGAAGUUGGCUACGAUCUUGGAAGCACCGGAGCUUGCGUUAGAGGCCGAACGAGCGAUCAUUCAAGUCAGGGAGCAGCUGGAGGCUACAGCGAAGGCCAAACAACAGGAGAAAGACGAGAAGAAGGAUUCAUAA